UGAUCGUAGUUAUGCGAUUGUAGAUGCUAGAUCGUUUUCGUAUCGUAAUCAGUUUAAAAUGUAACAGUAUUAGCGAUACUUGCUGAGCAUUUAAAUAACAAGCGAAAUGUCAUUUCUGAUAUAAUAGAACUUAAUUAGCUUAUAUAUUUAAUUUAUUAUACGUUUUGGGUUCUAUUAAAAUAUUUAAAAAUAUAUGCUAUCCAUGGCAAACCUUCAGAUUUCUAUUGAAUGGCCGAAAAAACUUGGCGACAUGUAUUCUCAUGAUCUGCAAUUAUAUCAAAAUGUUCCAUUUGGAGAGAUAAUGCUAGAUGAAUUGCGAGAAAUAUGUGAGACACGACUUAAAGGUUAAUUUAAAUUUCUUACUUUGGUGGAACGUAUACAUUUACAAAAAUUGACAAUGUCUGUGUCACAACGCAAAGUUGCCUUGAUCAAAGAAUUGUACAAAGAAGGAAUAGAUGAAUUUGCGAAAUUGAUUAAUAGUUCUGGAUGUGAAUCACAUACAGAUGAAGAUAUACGUGUUAGAAGAAGAGAUCAUAUAUCUCAUUUUAUAUUAAAAUCUGUGGUUGCCUUCAAUAAACUCAAAAAGCGCUGGUUUUUUAAGCAAGAAGCAAGAUUGUUCAAAUGGAGAUUUUCUUCGUUAAAUAACGAAGGAAUCAAGCAAUUUAUGCGCAUUAAUAACUUUAAUUUUACACCUAUCAGUCAAAGUGAAAAAGAAGAUAUCAAGGAAUAUCUUCAAAUGUCUUCUCCACAUAUUAGUAACAUCAAUAGUAUACGAUUUUACAAAGUGCUUUUCUCUCAUGUAAUUAGUUUAGUCAAAAAACGUAAAGUUUUUGUUAUGAAUGGUGAAGCUUUUGUACCUGAAGGAGAAAUAGCAUUUGUAUUUGUGCCAUAUUUUAAGAGAAUUCUAAUAUCAAGUUUUGAAGCUGCACGUGAAGAUAGAGCUAAUUUAUAUAAUGACGAAAGAUUCACUCACAUUUUUGCCAAUUUAGAAAAUAAUAUUCAUAUUGAAAAUACUAUACUAGUACAAGAUAAAGAGCUACAACAAUAUGUUUCACUUGAUCGGUUGGAUAAGCUUUCAGAAACAUCUUAUCCUCUUUGUAUGAGAGUGCUUCACAAAACAUUAAGAAAGAAUCAUCAUCUUACACAUGGUGGUAGAAUACAAUAUUGUUUGUUUCUAAAGGGCAUAGGAAUUUCUUUGUCCGAUGCAAUGAUUCUAUGGAAAAAUGAAUUCACAAAAAUUAUGGAUGAGGCUACGUUUAACAAAAAAUAUAGCUAUCAAGUAAGAUUUGCUUUCGGACAGGAAGGUAGUCGACGAGAUUAUCAACCCUUUACGUGUUUAAAAAUUAUGGAAUCAAUUGUUGGACCCAGAGAUUAUCACGGAUGUCCUUUUAAACACAUGCUGCAGGAUGUACUGGAAAAUGAACUUACUAACUGUGGUUUCAAUGCAUUGGAAAGAUCAACAAUAAUGAACUUAUCUAAGGAUGGCCAAUAUUCUGCAGCAUGUAACAAAUAUUAUGAAAUGAAACAUAAUUGUUUUAAUGAUAGUUUGUUCAAACAUCCAAAUAUAUAUUUUAAUGAAAGUGUGAAAUAUCAUACCUCCUAUCGUUAUCACGGUUUGGAUUUGGAAACAGAAGAUGCAUAUUAAUUAUUACACAAAACAAGAACAUCUGAAGAAAUUGGAACUAUAAGAACUACACAAAUUAUAUUUCAUAUUGUCAACAAAAAAAAGCAGAUAAUUUUUAUAAAUUAUAUACAUACACACAC